UUUCUUUAUACUUUUUCCUUUCAUCUUCAACGCGACAACUUGGAAAAUGAACCCCGAAGACGAAGUCAACCUUCACUCAUCUUGUCUUAUCUUCCUUCAAUUCUCUGUCAAACAACCAAACUUUGUAUUUCACGUCAGGAAGAAGCGACAAACACCAAGAAUUCAAGACUUUUUUAAGCUUGGGGUGUUCAAUCAUCUUCUGUCGUCGUCUGGGUUUCGACAAUUAUUCCAAUUAUCCUUUGCUCACCAACUGUUUGCUGAAUUGUGUGAAAGAAUUGGGAACGGUUUUCUUGAUUCCAAUCUUGGUUUGUUUUUGAGUAAGAUUGCUUAAAACAAAUUAUGCAUGAUCUUGGGCCAUAAUUACAAUCCCAGCUGUUGCGUUCUCACUCUCUCUGUUUAUUGCUGUAUUUACCUUCUAUUAAAACUGUUAUUUUGUCAUCUGGGUUUGUCAAGAAAUGGAGGAUAAAAGCCUCUCUGUGUUUGUUUCUGAUGGUGAUGAGGCAACUUGCAGUGUACCAAAAGAUUCAGAAACUUUGUCGGAAUUCUCUCACUCUACACGUAAAUUAAGUGUAAUUCUUGGUGAAUUCAAGGAAAAUAAGAUCAUGGAGACGUCUCCCAUUAGAAAAGCUGUUGAAUCUCUUGAAACAGAGUUGCAAAGGGCUAAGGCUUUGAUUGCAAGUCCACGUUAUGUGUCUUCACCAAACAAGAGAAUUGAGGAGAUCACAGAAAAUCUUGGUAGGUCUAUAGGCCUUGUGUUAUUUGCUAGUCAUGAUGUGUCGAUGACAGGUAAAGAAAAACUCGAGGCUUUAAGGAGAGAAAUGAUGAGUGUUGCACAGUUUAGUGCUGCAAGUUCUGAUAGUAAAUCAGACUUUCUUGAUGAUGUCGAGAUAGAGGAGAAGGAGGUGGAUGAUGAAGAGGAGGAUAUUGUUGGAGAGAUAGUUGAAGUGGAAGAGGAUGUAUCGAGUUUUAGUGAAGAAGAUGUUGUUUUGCAUCUCAAGUGUGGAAAUGAUGAACGAUUAAAACUUGCACUUUUUGCCUUGAACACUUUGAUAAGAGAUAAUAAGGCUACUAGUGAAUGGGUUGAUGCAGAGGGGAUUAUCCCAAUUCUAUUCAAUCGGUUGAGUUCAACAAAGUCACAUAACCGGUUGAGUAUCAUUCAGAAUCUUAGAGGCCUCGUUGCACAAAAUGAUGGAAUUAAGAGCAAGAUGGCAGAGGUAGAGUAUUUGUCGGCACUGGUCAAAUCAUUGACUCGGGAUGUGGACGAACAGAGGGAGGCGGUAGGCUUGUUGUCCACUCUGUCUGAUGUUUCUACUGUGAGAAGAAGAAUUGGACGAAUUCAAGGAUGCAUAGUUAUGUUGGUUGCUAUUUUCAAUGGUGAAGAUCAAACAGCUUCUCAUAAUGCUGGAAAGUUGUUGGCCGCUUUGUCGAGCAAUACUCAGAAUGCUCUUCAUAUGGCAGAAGCUGGUUAUUUUAAGCCACUAAUAAAGUAUUUAACAGAAGGAUCCGACAUGAGUAAAAUUCUCAUGGCAACAGCAAUUUCAAGAAUGGAACUUAGAGACCAAACCAGGGCUUCCAUUGGAGAAGAUGGUGCAAUUCCACCCCUAGUUAAAAUGUUCAAAGAGGGAAAACUUGAAGCUAAGUUAUCAUCUCUGAGUGCACUACAAAACUUAUCUACCUUAAAAGAAAACAUCCGACAGUUGAUCAAUUCAGGAAUCGUACCCUCACUACUUCAACUCCUCUUUUCCGUCACAUCUGUUCUCAUGACACUCCGUGAACCAGCGUCAGCCAUUCUUGCGAGAAUCGCCAAAUCUGAUGCUAUGCUUGUUAACCAUGAUAUUGCUCUUCAAAUGUUCUCUAUUCUUAAUCUAUCAAGUCCUGUUAUUCAGCAUCACCUAUUAGAAGCACUAAAUAGCAUUGCUUCUCAUGCUAGUGCUUCAAAAGUUAGAAGGAAAAUGAAGGAAAAUGGAUCAAUUCAACUUCUCCUACCAUUUCUUACCGAAACCAAUGCAAAAACCAGGAUUGGUGCCUUCAACUUGAUUUACACACUAUCUAAAGAGUUAUCAGAUGAACUUACAGAGCAACUGGGAGAAACCCAUCUUAUUAUCAUCGUAAAUAUCCUCUCAUCUUCGACAUCUGAAAGUGAAAAAGCUACGGCUGCUGGGAUUCUGAGCAACCUUCCGGUUAAUGAUAAGAAAGCUACAGAUAUACUCAAGAAGGCAAACUUAUUACCUGUUCUUGUGUCCAUAAUGUGUUCAAAACAAGCAAGUUCAAGUUCAACGAACCCUUUUUCAUCACAUUUGGUUGAGAAUAUAGCAGGUAUACUAAUGAGAUUUACCGUCACAUCCAAUCUGAAACUUCAGCUUUACUCAGCUGAAAAUAAGGUAAUACCUGUUCUAGUAAAGGUGCUGUCAGAUGGGCCAAUAGUUGCCAAAUGCAGAGCUGCAACCUCACUAGCACAAUUAUCGCAGAACUCUUUAAACCUCAGAAAGUCGAAAACACCAAGAUGGUUAUGCGUUCCUCCCUCUUCAGAAGCCUUUUGUGAAGUUCAUAAUGGAUACUGCUUUGUGAAAAGCAAUUUUUGCUUGGUGAAAGCUGGUGCUGUUCCUCCCUUGAUACGAAUCUUGGAAGGUAACGAAAGGGAAGCAGAUGAAGCUGCCCUUGCUGCCAUUGCAACUCUUAUGCAAGAUGAGGCAUGGGAAAAUGGAUGCAGUUACAUUGAGAAACUGGCUGGGAUGGAAGCUAUCAUAAAAGUGAUGGAAUCGGGGAGUAUAAAGAGUCGAGAAAAAGUAGUUUGGAUAUUGGAGAGGGUAUUCAGAGUUGAAGAUUACAGAGUAAAGUAUGGAGAAUCGGCACAGGCGGUGCUGAUUGAUCUUGCACAGAAUGGUGACCCGCAGUUGAAACCAACGGUGGCGAAAUUAUUGGCACAACUUGAACUCUUGCAGGUUCAAUCUAGUUACUUUUGAUCUCAAAACCAUACAAAUUGGACAUAUAUGCUGAAAAUUCCAUUCAUCAUUUUGCUAGCUCACAUUCAUUUUUUGAAUUCUUGAUUUUCUGUAAGAGGCAUGCGUUACAGAUUGUUGUAUGCAAAUACACAAAAGUGAUAAAUUUUAUUGAUUCCAGAG